AUGUCUACUGAACUCGAAUGCAACUUUGCUUUGGCACUUGCUGAUACUUCUCUUUGGGAAGCAGAUGGUCAUGUGGUCGUUGACCAAGCUCAUGAUAUUGCAAGCAAAGUGUCCACUGCUCUUCAGCAGUAUGGCAGGCUUGCCUUGGUCAUCUUGCCAUUCCUGCUCUCUGCAGCAGCUGAGGUGAGGGCGACCAUAAAUAAAGGCAAGUGGCCACUGUGGGCCCAUGUGCAGGAUAAAGAUCCUCACAUGGAGGCCCACCUGUUCUCCCCAAAGACCACUGGUUAUGUAAAAGGCAGCACAACUGCGCCUGCACCUGCACCUCAGGUUGCCCUGGUCCCAGCUCCCAAGGACAUUUCCAUCCCCCCAAUUGACUCUCUCCCUGUCACCAGUCAUCAGAUGACCAACAAGGGAAAAUGA